UGCGGGGGUGGGGCUUCCCCGGACGGGAUCGCCAUUCGGCCACGGGUGGGAUGAUGGAAUGAUGCCAUGCCGGGACCCCAUAGCGUGGCAUUCAAACGACCGCCAUUAUUUGUCAUCCGUAUUGUCACCUUCGUAAUGCUUACUCAUGAGGACAUCACGUCGAUGAAGCUAUUCGGACACCAUAUUUGACUUCAACUUGCCCCUAAAAUAUUCCUCAAUUACUGCCUCCAAUUCACACCAAAGUUCACGCAGUAGAUACUUUGAAACUCAAUUUAGAAACCAACACCGACCAUUCUGCUCACCUCACCCACCAUCUGCUCACCUCGAACCCAUUGAACCCGAGACUCUAGACGCCCAAAUCAAACAACAACAACAACAACAACAUGCCCUCUCAGAAACCAACCUACAAAUCCCCCCUAGAAGGCUACGAAAAUGCCCCUCCCCUCCCCACCGAAAAGGCCGAAGACGGCAAGAGCCUCCUCAACAACCAAACCGGCGUGCUCAGCAGCGCCUAUGAAAAGUUUCCCGAGCCUCUAGAUAACGGGCGACGAGGUGCCUUUGACGUCCACAUCUACCACCUCCCCAACCACCCCGCCCAAGCCCGCUACGCCUCCGAGCUGCACUCUCGCAUCAGACACGAGUUCCCCGAGUUACGGAUCUACACCUUUUGGAGCAAACCCGUCGGUCCUCACCCGAUCGGCAUGUUCGAAGUGAACAUUUUUACGCCGGCGCAGCUUGGUGCCUUUGUGGGCUGGUUGGCGGUUUGGAGAGGACCGUUGAGUGUGUUGAUUCAUCCGAAUACGACGGAGAAGACCCUAAGUGAGGGGGGAGAGAUCAGUGAGGCGGAGAAGGAGGCGAGGAAUCAUACGGAUAAGGCAAUUUGGAUGGGGAAGAAGGUGUUGCUGAAUACGGAUAUGUUUUGGGAGGUCAUGGAUCGCUGAGAGUUAUCUCUGGUUCGGGGAUUCACAUUUGGAAGUAGGGACAUGAGGAGGACCUGGACCCUGGGUAGAGAACGGUUGGGUACCUACCUAAGGUACCUACCUAUAUGGUAGGGCGUGAUGAAAUAAGAUACCUUACCUACCGGAAGUUUUUGGGCUGGAGACGAAAGCGUCAUUGGGAGGGAAAUGUUUCGGAAGGAUGACAGAAGCCCUGAUUCGACCACUCAUUGUCUGCGAUCAAUAUCGUGUCACUGAGUGAAUGAAACUGGUUGGUGAUCAGGUUUUUCCAAAAUCCCAACAACUCCAUCCUAAUCCUCUCAUACCCUACAGGCGUUCUCCUUUCUAGACAAGCACUGUUUAUUAGAUACUGUCCCUAAAUAAAUUUAUAACGAGACAAACAAUCUCUUCGCCUG